AUGGCUUUAGCCAGCGGACACUGGCUGGAGAAAGAAAUCAGAGGAGAACCUCCGAGUCCCAGACAUGGUCACGCUGUAGCUGUGGCUGGAAGCGUCGCCUUUCUGUUCGGAGGAGCGAGUAGCAUCAGCCCAGAGGUCAGUCCUGUUUACUUCUCUGACUUCUACAUGCUAACAGUGACUCCUGAUGAUGUGACCUGGGAGGAGAUUCCUCAGAGCGGAGAAAUCCCGUCGGCCAGAGAAGGACACACACUCUGCGUCGUCAGAGGGAAGCUGUAUCUGUUUGGAGGAUCCUCCAGUCCUGAAGCCUCCGAAUGCCUCCCAGGCGUCUACAGCUUCGACGUCGUGUCUUUGGCCUGGGAAUGCCUGUCAGCCGGCGGCGUGGCUCCCAGGGUUCUCCGGUCCGGCUCUGCUGCCGCUGGAGACAACAUCUACAUGUACGGAGGGCGGCUGGAGGGCGAGCCAACCGACGACCUCCUGGUCUUCAACACAGUGUCUGUCACCUGGACUCCGGUUAAAACCAGCGGAUCGCUUCCUCCUGCCCUAUGGGGGCAGAGUUUCACUCAGGCUGGAGAUCAGCUCUUCAUGUUUGGAGGUUACGGAGCAGGAGGAACGUUUUGUAAGGACCUUUACGCUCUGAACACAGAGAAGCUGCAGUGGCAGAAAUGGGAGGUGAAGGGAGAAUCUCCUCCAGUCUGUAGUGGACAGACACUGACUGCACACCAUGACAAGGACAUCUAUCUGUUUGGAGGACAAAUCUGCAGUAAGGAAUCCACAGCAACGUCGUCCAAUGAAAUCCAUAAACUCAGUAUUGCCAAGAUGAAGUGGAAGGUUCCUCUGUAUGUUGGGAUUCCUCCGGCCCGUCGGCACGGCCACGCUGCCUUCAUCCUGCACAGUCACCUGUAUGUGUUUGGAGGGAAGAAUGAAGAGCAGGAUUUGAAUGACUUGAAGGUGAUGAAGCUGAUCAAUCCGUCUGAGAGACAACCAGUGAUGAAGGAGAUCCUGUCAGAGUUCGGUCUGCAGGGCGUCAGCCACAGCUUCACUCCCACUAAGGUUCCCAACGUUCGCUAUGAGCUGAGCGACGCGGCUCCGUCCACCCAGCCCAGAACAGCAGCAGCAGCUAAUAUACAGGUUUGUGUCCACAGAGACUUCAGCGCCGUUCGAGAUCAGGCCAUGAAAAUGAUCCAGGCAGCCUUCACUCUGUUGGACCAGGAGUUUCAGAAACUAGAUCGGGAGAAGUUAGAAGUUUCUAAAGCCGCUGCAGCUCUACACAGGGACAGAAAGGAGCAUGAAGCUCACAGAGAACGACAACAACAGGAGCUGAAGGAGAUGCUGGAGAAACAUCGCAACCAGAACGAGGCGUGGCUCCGGGCGAGAGCCGAGGAGAACGACCGAGAGAGGAGGGAGCUCAGCAGGCUGCGGGAGGAGGUUCUGCAGGACCAGGAGAGGCUGAAGGAGGAGCAGAGCAGCGUCCAGAAACGCAGCGAACAUCUGCUGUCCAUCAUGCAGCAGUUCAAAGGAAUGUAGAAAACACUCAGCAAAAACCAUGAAAAUGGGAAAUUAUUUGAAAUAGAAAGUUUGUUUGAUUC